AUGCCCUCCGUUGAAUCACCGAACAUGGCGACACACCUCAUCACGGCACUUCUGCCCCCCGAACUUGCAGAGUCCGUUCAGAAACACAUCCUACACCCACGCUCACCAGUCCAAGUCCUCGCGCGCAACGUCCUUGUCCAGGUGCAAAAGGUUAUCGACACAGCUAUACCUAUUAUCGAACCUAUACUCGACCGCGUCAUGAUUCUGCUUGCGGAGAACCAAGGCCUUGUCGGCGUCAUUGCGUCGCUGCUCGUGCUUGCCACUGUUGUCAUCAUCCUCAACUGGAUCCGUCGUCUACUCAUGUGGUGGACUCGUCUGGCGAUGCGCAUUGUGACAUGGGCCUUUAUGUUUGCCCUGGCGGCGUGGAUCUGGGAGCGCGGCGUCUUUGAGAGCGCUAGGGACAUGACCGUCAUAGGCGCCAGGAUUUUGGGAUAUCUGGCCGUCAUCAAGGACGUUUGGCUGCAAGAGUACGACCGCUACGAAGCACAGCAGGGCAUGGCUGGAACAAGAGGCCCUGCCUCUGGACGAUCCAGAUAA